AUGAAUUUCUGUGGCCAGAUGAGGGACAAGAAGACUACUCAAGCUCAGGAAGGCGGUGGGUUAACGAACAGUCAGUUGUCUAAAAAAUAUACUUCACAAUAUCAUUCACUUUAUUACAUGUUCAUUUGUUUUUCAUGUUAUCUCGUUCAUCUAAGGAUUGAAAAAGUAUUAGCCAAUUGUUUUAUCUUUGAAAAUAGUAAAUUCCACAGCACGACAGCGCAAAUAUUCAUAUAACCUGUUGAGGGAAAAUGUAAUCGGCUAAAGUUGUCUAGAAUGCAAGAGGAAAUCGGAAACCGACGCGUGACGCGCGUAGCUAUGAAAAUUUAACGCUGUUGUUAAUGUACCGUCCAAUAUAGAGUCUGGCAGAAUUCAUGUUUAUGUGCGUGUACGACCCAAAACCCUUGAAGAAUCGAAAAGGGAGGAAAGUCUUGGUGUUGAUAUCGACUCCGACAGAUGCGAGGUAAGUCUGCUUUACGUCUAUCAGGAACAAAUUUCUCAUUCCCGAGCAAUAAAUAUUGCGGAAGCCUUUUAAGUUUGUGUUAUUUCACGAGUUAAUUUCCGCGUCCACGUGCUAAUUUCUUGAUAAUAGAUCUCGAAGUUUUUGGUUGUUUCAACAAAAUUAUCUUAUAGAAAACUAGUCGACGAUAAUGUAAGCCUCAUUUACAUUCCAACUAGAAAAUGAAAUAUGUAAAGGUGCUGUUAAAGGACGAUGUGGGAUGAUUUAAUGAUCUUCGAUAUUCUGUCACGCGAAGAAUUUAUCCUGUUUAUCUUUGAUCACUCUCGUUUGUUUGUAGUGGCUUUAUUUUCAAGUGAAAGCCCCACACAAGAUAUUGUCACGACUCUUCAAUUUUAUUAUUGUCAAUAUUAUAUAAGAGCCUAGUGAAGCAUGGUACAGGCGCAGGAGUUAUUGUUCUAUGUUUUUAAAUAUUGUUUUUCAGUCACAAUAGCAAUCCACUCACUACAUGCGUCAAACAGUGUCCACCACAGGCCACCCACUGUCUCACUGUUUGAAUUUUCUAAGAGAAUGAUUGAAUAAAAAAUUUAUAAUAAUGUAUGAAUCCGUAAUAAAUGAAUAAAAAAAGGGAAUAAAAUAAAACAUACACACUCUCAUACUUCCCAAAUUCUGCCUUUUGUAAACGACAAAAAGACAUUGUAUUUUACUUUGACCCUUCCACUGCCAAAUUUAGCCAACGGCAAAUUUCGACCAAAAUUCCAAAUUUCAUUUUGUGAAAUUUUGAAAAACAAAUAGCACCAUGUGAAAGUACAGGCAGAGCUUUCAUUUGAAUGGUCACAUCAUAGGAUCUUGUCCGCAGACUCAAAAGUUAAAAGUCAUCUUACAAAGUCCAUCGCGCACUCUGGCAGUGAAAGAGUUAAUUGUACGUUACAGGUUCCUUUUUUGUAAGAACAAACUUAUUAUAGUUAUGAGCAUUUCAUAAGCUAGGUUAGUAAUCUCAAAUUGAUGCUUAAAGAGUAGUGUCUUUUAAUCAGAAAUUGUUGUUUUAUUUCCUUACUAUACAAUAAUAAUAAUGGCGUUUCAAUGGUGUUAUAAUUAUUCCCGCGCCUUAUAUUUCUCGACUUGACAAUCUGUACCACUGGGGCCUGUUCCAGUAUGGUGUCUUCGGUCGUCUCGCUUGUCAAAUUAUUCAUAAAUGAUUAUACGUUUUCCUGAUUUAAGGCGCGAUGAAGGAGAAAAACAAUUCAACUGAGUUCAUUAUGAAUAUGACCCUGACCUUCCGCUACUCAGACGGCAGACUAAAUAUAAACUUGACCGGCGCAAACAAAUCCCUUUCAAUAUAAAUAUAUUAUUAUUAUUAUUAUUAUAAAAACAAAAUUUCCCGUUCAAACGCGUUAUACUAAGCACUGAAAUAUAUUUGUUUUGUUGAAGAAAUUUUUUGCAGGAUUUUUUGUCUUCCUUAGAUACUCAUAGGGAGUGAAUAUGGUAAUGAUAUCGUACAACGGACUUCAAAAAUGUAAACGAUGUGCAAAUAUGUGUUUUCACACCACAUCAGCUUUUGGUGAAGGAGAGGGCAAGAAACUGUUUAUAACACAGCACUUGUCCGUACCUCUUUUUUAUAGCAUUCUUUUGCGCACUAAAAAGCUGCAAUAGUAUUUAUUUAGUCACAUUUGUUUUGAGGUUUUUGCAGACGUUUGGGGGGAUUGGUAACGUAAGGGGUUAUAAAUCCAAAUAUACUUUUCUAGAAAGAACUAUGAAACACGUGAGCGCAUUCACAACAGUCCAACAGUUACUCCGGCACAGAUAGCUGCGUAAUUUAUCAAUGCGUUGGGCAAACAUGUAAUAUGUAGAAACGAAUUGACUCAUACGAUUACUUAAAAUAUGAAAAAAGUCUUAACGUUGUUAUUUAAUAAUAAGAACAAGUUAAAACGACAGAUGAUUUAGUAGCCUUAGGGUUUUUGGUGUUUCAAAAACGAAGACCCAAAAACGAAGACCUAAGACCAAUCGUCCCGCAAGAGAAACUGAAAACAAUACUCAUGCAAAAUUUUUGAGAGAAAACAAAUUAAGAUAUAUUGAUGGGUACGUUUGAAUAAAUUGAUAUUUAUUUAAUAUUAGUGCAAUGUGAUACAAACAGGUUUCCCUUCAUGAUGCCAAGGAAAGAAGAUACAAGUUUGACAAGAUAUUUACUCCUCAAGCUAGCAAUAGAGAGGUUUGUUAAUAAAAAAAUAUAAUGGAAAACAAAUAAGACAGUGAGAAUACUUACAUUUCCUGUAUUCUGGAAUCCAGAUUGCCUUACAUGGAGCCAGAGGAGGGUCACAGCUCUGUUUAGCUGAGCGAAACAAGAUUUUCCAAAGAUAUGGGAGUGGGUAUUAGGGGAAGAUAAUGUUUAAAAUUGCUUCUACGUAGUAAUUAAAGGUUCAUUAGCUUUCAGAGACAUUCAGCUGGUUUGGAGCGGCUCUACAUUUUUUUUUUUUACUCCUCCUGUCUCAACUCUAUGAGUAUUUAUCAAUGUCCUAACUGAAAUUAACACUAUUUUGUCUUUUGUAAUGAGUAGACCUCAGUUAUUGCCCUUUUUUUCACACACUUAUAUUUGUGACCAAAUUUUAAAAGACUCUUUAAAGGGUGCGGGAUUUAAAAUAGCACGCAAUAAAUGGUCCAUGUUUUUUAACCUUUUCUUAGGUCUAUAACACAGCCGGAAGGCAACUAGUUGAUGGAGUAUUCUCAGGUUUCAAUGGAACCCUCAUGGCAUAUGGACAGACAGGAACAGGUGAAGAUCGAACAGCCUGUCUAUAGUGACCCUGAAGUAACGAGAGAGCAGUGAAGUGUGCCUGCACUACUGUGCAUCCUGUUGUCAGUACAGGAGCCUAUCGCUCAGUUUCUUCGACAGACCAGCGCGGCCCACCAUUUUGGUGGCUGACACAAAACACACUGUUUACCAAUCACAACGCUGGAUUUUCUCGAUGACCCACAACUUGCAACACUGAAAUUUUGUUGCUUGCCAAGUUGAGCGCGCAGAUGGUAACAGGGCAACAAUGCUUUUCAACUUGCAAUGCAACAAUGUUUUGCGAAAAUAGUGAACGAAAAUGCAGUUGGUGGUAAAACCAGACCUUUACACAGGUCCUGAAAAGUUGUGGUUGUAAAGAGCAGGCCAGUCACGUUGGUACAUCAAGAUGAAGCUGGCGUCUCUUGAGUGAAAAUAUUUCAAAAGAAAAGUUUUACAAUAAGGCUUUUUUUUUUUUUAAUUUGAGAGGGAAUUUGAGAUCUUAUUAUUCCCUCAAGCCCUAAGUCUGCCGCUGCAGGCUCAGGGAGAUCAAUAUACCAUAAAACGUGCGUGAUUAUGCUGUAUUAAGAGAAUGGUUCUUUUCUGGAAAUCUUGUAGGAAAGACCCACACUGUCAUGUCGAGGGAUGGAAUCUCUGUCCUUGUUGUUGAAAAACUCUUUAGGAGAAUACAUUUGGAUAAAUAUCAUGACUACAAGGUAAAUGAGUAAACCGUGAGCAUGAAAGUUUAAAAAAAGGGCACAAUGCGGUAAUUAUGAUACAUGUACAUAUUGGAGGCCUACCAAGGGAUAGAAGUGACAGGCGACAUGGCCCCGAAAACGUGCAAUAAUCCUCUCAGAAAUUAACCAUGUUUUAAGCAGUGAAAGCGACAUCCGUUCACUUUUGCAUUUUGGCUGUUUCGGCAGCGAAAUGGCAAACCCUCUUAAUCCGUUAUUUCCGAACAUUUUCUGUUAUUUUCUUUGUGACGGUUUCUGAUUAUACUCAUAACAUAAAUAUUGUUCAGGAUCGGUCCAACGAGGGAGAAAAGUGAACAACGAUAAACUCUUUCCAAGCAGUCUCAGAAAUUACAGACAAAGCAGCAGCAUACCCCCACCCCUUCGGACUUGGAAGGGCUCAUAUUGCAAAAUGUCUUGAUAUUUCUUGCUUCAGUUGAUUUGAAUUUUGGAGUCUAUUUUCCUCUGACCAAUUUUCUCCUGCAGGUUUACAUGUCUUAUCUUCAAAUCUACCAAGAAAAGAUAUACGACCUUCUUAACACCAACUCCAAGGUCGAUUUAGUGCUGAGAGAGGAUCCCAAGAAAGGUACCAACAAAAUGUACCAGAUUAGCGUAGAAUAUGAUAUUUAUCACUCAACUGCCGAUAUUUCGAGACACCCCCACUGGCUUCCAAAGAAAAGACGUCUGAGAGGAACGAGCCGAGAUAUUUCAUACUAAUGACGUGUCACUGCCGAGAUCUGGGUAGCCUGGGACCAGGCUCCGCAGUGGGGAAAAAGGCAAAAAAGGGGUAAAUCUUCUGAUUGAUUGAUCUUACCAUGAAGGAAAUUUGCUUUAACCAAUCAGAAGUGCUUAUCCUAGAUCUGGUUAGUGACCCGUCAUCAGUAUAGAUUUUUGCCUUCGUUCCUCAGACUUCAUUUCUCGGGGAAACCAGUGGCAGCGUCGACUGUUUUCUCCAGCUAAAUGAAUUUGCAGCUAAUUGAAACGUAAAAUAUAUAUUAUCUUGUCCCGACUCAAAUCUCAUUUUCCAUCAAAUGACCUUUUUGUGCUAGCUCUUAAACAUUAAAUUUCGAAUUUUUUAUUUCCACCAAAUGACCCUACCAUUGUCAUGAUGUCCCCCCCUUUUUUAUUUUACAGGUGUUUAUGUAGAGAACCUUGCAACGUUUAUUGUUCGCGAUACUGCUGAAGUUCUUUCUUUGCUAAGACUCGGAAAGAAGCGCCUAAUUGUCGCCGAAACUCGGAUGAACCGAGCUUCCAGCAGGUAUAAUUUUAAAGUCUUUUAAGUUUUCAUAACAUCAUUAUCAUGAGGUUAUUUACGUGAUAUUUUGAUACCCGUACCUUUACGGGCGGCCACUUCGUCGAGGGGCUCUGGGAGAAGUGCUGGAGACAAGAGUCUCACGUCUUGUACCUUUGCGACCGACCUACUUGCACGAAAACGCUUGCUUAUUCUUGAGGAGGGAGUUUAACAUAUCAAAACAAUAACUCCGCAUCUGAUUACGACGUGGAAUUCCCUAAUGUGACGCCAUGGAGAAUAAUUUUUCUUUCUAUAUGUAAAUGAACUUUAACAACACGAAUUUCAUAUAUAUACCACCCUUAUGUAAAAUGUAUACGGUACCGAGGAAAUUCAGAAAGACGGGAAUGUGAUUAAGAGACCGAAUAUAGGUUACAAAGUGAAGUGGUGGCGUUCGGUCCCGUCAAGAUGACCUUCAUUUGGUUCUCUAGAAAGAUAACUCUGCAAGCAGCUGUUGUAGCCCUCACGUUAUGUUUUGUUUUGUUUUCGAAUAGAUCUCACUCAGUGUGUCAGAUAACAGUGGAACGAACACGGGCAAGAGGUGAUGGCAUCAAGGAUGAAGGUACUUGUAAAACAUGCGUUAACUUGUGUAGUUAACUUCUCAUUGUAUUCAUUAUUAUUGUCAUCAUCAUCAUCAUCAUCGUUAUCAAAAUCAUUCUACUCACUACCAUUCUUGUUCUGAAAGGAUUGAUCUUAAAACACGCGCUUUUCGUCGCGAUCACAAAUUUUGUACUUGUAUUUUAUUUGCCGCACAUAAUACGAUUAUAAUUACAAAAGAUGCAAAAAAAUGUAGGAAGAAAUGGCGAGGAGGCUUAAAGGAAACUAUAAAGCUUAUGUUAAUUAGGCAUAAAAAUUACGGCGACGGAUACAAAAUAUUAUUGGAUGGAAAAUUAUAAUAACAAUCAAUUUUAAGGAAGAUUACAAAUGUUAAAUAUUAAACAGCUCACAUGGCUACUAGAUCACCCUAAUUUGUUACAAAACCAAUAUUUGUUCCGCCAUGUUCCCCUCGAAAUGUUCAAUAGGCCAAUGAGAUAUAUUUUGAGGCGAGGGUUUGGGCGUCAGGAAUUUUCUAAAUUGUAGUAGAAAAGAACUAAAACGUGUUUAUUUUUACAGGUAUUGCGACUACCAGCGAAAGCAGUCUUUCGUUAUCGACAUCAUCGUUGCCAGUCACGCCUUCUGAAGCUCGCAGUGUACCUCCACAGAAGCAGGCAAAAUCAGCCAAAAGCUUAGAAUUUCUUAAUGAAGAAAGUAAACCUGAGAAACAGAAUUUGUCUUUGAAAGUCGACACAGGACGAUCGCAGAGCUUUACACCGCACAGGAAGACUUCUACGCCUGGCCGCCCAGGAGAACAUCGACACAGCAUGCAUCUCUCAUCCUUACCAGAAAUCUCAGUUACGCCUUCAGCGCGGCCAAACCGCUGGUCCGUAGGAGAUAUGGCGCAUCUUCUCUCAGCAUCAGGCAGCUCACUGAACUCACCCAGCUGUUCAGAAGCAAGUGAUUUGCAGUUAUCUGUGGAAUCCCUACUGGAGGGUGGAACUACAGUGGACGAAGGAUGGGUAAGAGGAGGAUUCACAAGCUUCAAUUCACCAGCCUGCGUCACAGACGAAACUUAACUCUGGUUAAGUUCGUCUAGCUGCGAAACAGCGCCGAAAUCUUUGUUUUGGGUCCCUACGUGUGUACUAGAGUACGUGCCAUGAUUUGUGUGUUAAAAAAGUCAUUGUCGAUCUGCCAGUCAAGAAGAAAUUUGAAAAACACUGCCGGUAAUUCAUUGAGUCCGUUGGGGACCCAGAACAGGGUAUCUGCGCUGCUUUGUAGACGUUACUAAACGGAGUUAAAUUAUGUCUGCGACGCAGGCUUCAAUAUUCACAGGUUUACUUUUAUAACUCUCCGUGCUAGAAAAAUGUUGUGAUCUGAAAUCUCUUUACUGACUCCUUUUACGGAUUAAAUUGGCCUGCUUCCAACGUAUGGGUCUUCAUAGCUCAGCCGGUAGAGCACUUCAGCGCUAACGCCAAAGCCAUGGGUCCGGGUCCCGUGGAAGCCCCGAACUUUUACCAACUGUGACCCUUGACAUGAUUUUGAUGCUAAGUUAAGUUAUCCUUGUGUUUUUUGUUGUUGUUUGGUUUGCCUUUGUUUUUGCUGAGAAGUCCUGGAAGUCCAGGAUUUGCAAUUGGUUCGAGUGAUAUGAGUCUUCCAUUUUCAUCUUUUCCUACUUUAAACCUUUUACGUGAAAGAAAAGUUGAAAUGUCAGCAACAUUAGAAAAAGUAUAGCUUUUUGUUGUGUAAAUCUUCUUAUGCCCAAAUAUCCCGUCAUCAUACAGUUAUUAGUUUUGCAAGGUUCGUACAAAGUACUGAAGUCUUGAAAAGCUUGAAAUUUGCCCAGCAAUUUUCCAGGCCUGUAGAAUAGAGAUAAAGUCUGGAAAUAAAUUGUAAAAAGUCUUCUGUUUUUUUUUUUCAAAGCUACAAUUGCUUUAUAAGUGAAUUUUUUUCGUUUUCGGUUAAAUCUUAUUCAAUCUAGCCAGUACGUUUGCAACGCAUCAUUUUAUAUGAAAAAAAAACUUUGUUCAUGCGUUUUCUAAGGUCUUUGUUCAUCACCUAUUUGAUAACCUUGAGUCUGGAAAAAUAAAUCAUUAACUGUUUAUGAGAAAGUCUUGAAUUUUGGAUCCGAAAAUCUGUACGAACCCUGGUUAUGUCAGUUAAAUCCUUAUUCUUAUUAUUAGGAUGACGACGACGAUGAAUCAUUCUUGGAUGGUGUCCAGAUCAGUGAUGUCCUGACCAUUGGAAAAAUUAACCUGUAAGAAUCCUUAAAGUCGUAAACUCAUAAAUGGCAUAAAUUAAUAGCUUAUUAGUGUUUCAGUUAUGAUGGGCCAGUGCACCAACUGUAAGACCCGUUUCGACUGUCGUUCCGCUACCGUACCGAACACAGCUCAAUUAAAUCUCACUUAAACACAAUAGGAGCUCCAGGUACAACACGGCAACCUUGCCGCGCUUUGCAACAGUCAGAGCUCGACUUUGUUAUACAGAUGAGACGUUCUGUAGUGUCGAACUAAUGACCCCUUCAUGAAUAAUUAGAAUACGUUUUAAAAGUUGGCUUAACCCUUUUUUCUCAUUUUGGUUUUCUUCAGUAUAUUUUUUUCAACAGCUUAGUUGGUUAUUCGAGUGAAUUAAGUUUGACGUCUGACACUAGGUCGUGCUAUAGGUGUAGUGCAAGAGAGUAUAAAGGGGACAGAGAGGGCAUCCCCCAUAUACACCCUAUUCCAUAGGUAAUUCGUCUCAAGUUAUUUUUAACACCACAGAUCUCAAGGGGGAUUAGACAACAGCCAAUCACAUAGCGCAAAUGUGUUCCGCGUGGAUGACCCACGCUGAGAGCCACGCGUCCUUCACGAAAUGACGCAGAACAAAAUGGGGGAAGACGCGGAGAGCAAUUUUGCUAUUCCUUUUGUCGACGAAAACGACUACAGCGAGAUUUCUGCGAAAGCUGUGUCAGCGAAACCGAAAUUAAAAAAUAAUCGCCCUUCCUCCCUUGUAUAGAGCUAACAGUAGAGCAGGGAAAUCCUUUACACACUGAAUAUUCUCUCAGGAUCAUUUAUAAUUUACAGUUUGAAGAGAGCAAUUUCUGGUUUGAUGUUUAUUUUUUUCAGUCUUUAUAGCGAUUAUUCCUACCCACUUACUUUGUCAAUUGUAGGCGAACCCUCCUAAAGCUGAAUUUCAAGGGACCAUAUUCAAGCUCAGAAAGAGAAAUAAAAUUUCGUCGUUGCUUAUUUACGUCCUCCAUGAAACGUGAAAUUAGGCAUUUUCACGUCGUAGUCGUGCAAAAACGGGAAAGAAAUGAACAAAAAAGUGUGUUGCACGUGCGAAGUUGUUGUUUUGCUAAUUAAACCUAUUGUUUUUUGGACGUUCUAGUUGUCGUCCGCGUCGUUGGAUCUUAAACUCCCUAAAUUGUACAAACGACCGGUUUCAAUAGACCGGCGAAAUUUCUCAUUUUAUUAAAGCACUGAGGUUACGACAACUUCGAGUUAAACUGAUUUCACGGGUUGUCAAAGAGUCCAGCGAUUCCUUUUUCCCAGGUGAGCGCCGACUCAUUUCGCUUCGAUAUUCAGGAACGCUCUCGAUGUUUUUACGCUUUCAUUGCCGCUCGCCCGACAUGUUUUGCACGGCGUUUGGUCAUGCGAAACCUCCGCGAAACAUCCACGCCUCGUGCAAGGUAACUUUAUCCCGAUUCUAAGAAUAACUCGAGACGAAUUACCUAUGGAAUAGGGUGUAUAUGGGGGAUGCCGUCUCUGUCCCCUUUAUAGUCUCUUGGUGUAGUGUUAUAGUGCUCUCGUCGGGCCAGCUUAGUACGACAGUGGUGCGACUUUUGAAACAGUCCCUUCUUCUCUUUCUCCAUGUUACUUGUAGCUUUACUUGGCUUUAUUAUAAUCCGUUAUCACUGUCUUGAAAUUGCGCAAGCUCUCCAGCGUUACAGUUCUUCAGGCAUUUAGGGCUUUAAUAUGAGCUUAAUGCUAAAAAAAAAAAACAGUUUUUAAAACAUUGUUCGUUCCAAGAAGUUGUUCUUUAGAAAAUAAUUUUUUUUUGUUCAACGUAUGCUUCCAGCUGGAAAUAUAAGACCCAUAUAAUGACUUCUGCUACUGGAUUAAAAUGUAUAAAAUAUUUGCAACCCUAUGAUGCGCUAGCAAGCCAUCCAAGGAGGAGGGAAAGCAAUACUUUAAAAAUGCCGUGGCAUACUACAUAAACCGAAAUAAGCUCUGGUCUUUCUGGUUUCGCUUCCCGCUUCCUCAUUACUCAGGCAUAGGGAUGUAACAGUCGCCCCAAACCACUGACAUCUCAUUUCUUGACAAGACCACUCACUCAGUUCUCCAAGUUGAGGGCACAUUGUACUACAGAGGAUGUUGAUGAUUUAUUUUUCGUUGAUUUUUGUUGUUUCGUUUUCAUGCUUGUUGUUGUUGUUGUUUUCACAUUCAUCAUUUUUUUUUUCAUGCUUCUUGUUGUUGUUGUCAAAGGAGAGCGACUGUUUUUAACCUUUCUCUGCUAGAAUUAGGGUACGUAGAAACGAUUCAUCAUUUUUUUCAAAUUCUUCAAACGCUGAUGACGUCAAUAAACUAUUCGUAAUUCCUCGAGUUGUUGUGAGCGAUGCAUCCAUAACUCAGCAAUAGACAAUGAAGCCAUGUGUUUUACAAGGAAAUUUAAGAGGAAACGUUUGAAUUUGUUAACCGAUAGCAAGGAAAGGGUGAGUUGUUGUUGUCUUCUCCGCGAGCUGACUGUCAUUCUUUGCAAAGUUGUUUUCUCGCAAUAACAAUUUUCAAAUCAAUAGUUUUCACCUUUUAACCUUUCUCCCAGUUUCAGGAUAAAAACAUAACUGUGAGGAAAAAAAUAUUAGUCACGUAAACAUUGACGAAACGAUAUUAUACUCACCUAAAAACUUCGUACAGCCAAGGAUUUACUUUAAGAGAGUAUCUGGAAGGUUGUUUUUGGGAUCCGGGAUUUGAACUAAAUACGGUGCGGGAUUCGGGAAAACGAACUUUUCACGGGAGACAGGAUUUGACUGCUACCCGAAUAGCGGGUACUAAUGAUGUGGGGUUUGUCUGUCGGAAAUUCGGAAAGUUAAUCGUUCUAGCGGCAAAUGCGAAUUUUGAAACCCGGCGAGCGGGGAGUAAAGCCUCCACUCUCCCUUUUCCUUUCUUCCGCUUUUCUCUCUUCGCUUCAUAAUCAGACUGAGGCAUGAAAAGCUAUUUCUUUUUUGCAAUGGCCUUAAAACACGUGCAAAUUCACAAUUACAAUCGAAACGGCUAAUCUACAUCUUACAUUAACUUUUAUUAUAGCUUUUGUAAAAAAUUCAGGACGCGGGAUUUUCGUGGAAAGGGAGCGGGAAUGAACGAGACCCACCCCUCCCCCCUUUCAGACCCUGCUUUAACAGCCUUAUAAUUAUGGGUAAGGUUGAUAGUUGAUUUACUGAGAUGAAAUUGGUUGACUCGCUGAUUGAUUGACUCCUGCAGAAACACAGUACAAGCACUGUCUGAGGGCAAGAGAACUCACAUUCCAUACCGAAACUCUCCCCUCACUCGGCUGUUGCAAGACAGCCUCGGUGGGAACUGUAAAACAAGUUUUGUGGUAAGAAUUCUUCCUUCUUAGCCGAUAUUUCACUCAUUUUUUUUAAUUGCUCCCUUAAAUGUUUUGGAGGUCGGGAUGUGUGGAAAUUUUAGAGACAUUUUUGUUUCGUUCAGAUUAGCACUGGUCUUUUACGAUUAGUUGAUGUUGUUGGCACCCGUCUGUCUCUGGAGACAAUGGAAUCAGCGCCAAGGUUUAGAGAGUGGGUAAUUGAGUUGAAGCGCCUUCUUUGGCUGUACAAUCCGAUUCUGCAUCGGCAGGCUCUUCUUACAGUUGCUGCAGAUGAAUUCCGUGUUUGGCUCGGUGGGUACGGAUAUGAUGCUGCCCUCAGCCGUCAGCGCUCUCUCCUCUUAUCCCGCUGCUCCGCUCUCCUCUCCUCACACGCCUGAAUGCCUGCCUUAUCAUCAAGCCUCCAGUGUCUUCGAUCUGUAGCUACAGCUUCCCAGCCUGCAGGGUUGAUAUUGCCUGCCUUCAUAUCUCGUUUACAAACAUCUUUGAAACGAAGGGGAGGCCUUCCGGUAGGCGAAGUUCCAGUGGCAAGCUCGCCGUAGAGUAUGUCCCUAGGAAUUGUCCCGUCUUCCAUGCGGCUGACAUGGCCAAGCCAGCCAGCCGUCUCUGACUGAGCAGGGCGAACAUGCUAGGUACCCCUGCCUGUGCAAGGAUAUCCUUAAUGUUUGGGGCACGGUGCUGCUAGGUGAUGCCCAAAAUCUCUCUAAGGCAGCGCAGGUGGAAGGUGUUGGGUAGGCGCUCUUGGCGGGAGUAUCAGUUGAGAUAUUGGCUCGGUGGUUUAAAAGCUCUAUUUAGCCGUACCGCGUAGUGCCAGCUCAGCAAUUAAAACAACUUUUUCUUCUAUUGUAGCUGUGUAUAUCACCUUUGCUGCGAGACGUUACCGAAACUCGAUGCACGCUGGCAUUCGGUCAGCGGGCGCUGAAAAUCACCACUACAGCGUACGUCAAUGUGGAAGUGAGUGGUAUUUUAUGUUAAAACCGGUAGCUGGAGCCAUUUAGACAACUAAAUAAACCUGUUUCAAAAUACUGUAAGGCUUGGGGAUAGUGGGGUAGGACGAGGGAGGGUUGAAUUUUUAUGCAUGCAUAAAAACGGUUUUAGUCAGUGUCUGCGAUUGUGAAUCUGAAAUCUUGUGAAUCUACAGCCUUCUAAGUCAGUUUUUUAUCGACACUUAAAUAUUUACUCGACUUAUUUCUUCCUUUUCUUCGCUAUGAAUUAUAUUUAGGGACCGGUUGUUUAUUGCGUCCCACCUGGGAGCGGUGAUUUUCAGAAAAGCGUGGUGUAUCAAAACUUUACCCUUCCAAAAAAAAACAAUUUCAUAUGGACCCUUCCUCCGCCCCUUCAACAAUAACAAUUUUGAAAAUGCACCCCCCAACCAUUCCAGUCCAAGUUUUAAGAUUAUUCGUUUUUCUCUCUGAAAGAAUGGCACGAGAGGCCAUGCAUGUCUGUUUGUGAGUGUCAGCUGCAUUGUCAAGAAACAGUGUAUUGAUCAUAUCCGAUAUUUCCUUUCGGGAUUGUCACGAGCACAUUUUUUCCGCCAACCUUUCUCGAAUCGAAAUAGCUGUAAACGUUAACGUUCCUCUCCUUGCUUGAUUUCAAAUGGCUGAAUUCAAUAGCAAGCGUAUAAACAGUACUCAACACGUGGUCAAGCAUAAACAACCUGCUGACCUCGCAGGCUGCUCUCUUAGCAUGAUGUUACUGUCGUCGAUAAUAAAUAUUUCAGUUGUUCAGGAAAGGAUCACCUUGCUUAGGUGGUUUUUUUUUUCGUUGAUUUCUUCGGCAUGCGGUCUCCAUGAGGUUGCCCAUUUACAGUUGCUGCUUACCAUAAUUGACCACUCCAGAAAAUACCAUAACAUACCAUAAUGUUCUUUGUUUGUCACCCCAAAAUUUUGCAUAAACAUUGUCUUCAGUUUCUCUUGGGAGUGAAAAUGGCCCCAAGAGAAACUGAAAACAAUGCUUAUGCAAAAUUUUGGGGUGACAAACAGAGAACAUUAUGGUAUGUUAUGGUAUUUAUGGAGUGGUCAAUUGCAAACUUCUUGUACGAAUUUGUUUAUUCCUUUUAAUACUUUGUUUUAUUUUUUGUUGUAAAAGGUUCAGAAGGUUUCAACUUCUUCAGCUUGUGAUAAAAUAACAAGGAUUUUUGUUGGCGGAUUCCCAGAACUUUUCUUUCUCUUUCCUUUUUUUCGGUCAUUGUUAUAAAUGUCAUGCAAAAUUGUUGUAUUAACAUCUUCUAUGAUAAAAAUUCAUUGUCUUUCGUAAAUUUAUUAAUAGGUAUCUUUAACAAUUAUAUGAAUAUUUCAAUUUUUCAUGUUACGUAAUGGUUAUAAUACGUUUAGGCUAUUUUGUUUAAAGUCUUUUACGAAUACUACACCUAUUUUACUAAUUAUUGAAGGGUGUCACGUUAAAACUACACACGCCACAAAAUAAAGAUAAUUAUAGUUAUUAUGCAGAAUCUCUCAACACAACAACAGCAGGAUUCAUUCACCGAGACUUCGAUCAAAUCUUUUCAUUUGCAAGUAUAAUUUACGUCGCUUUCUUUCGUUAUUAAUUUGAAAUUGACGUCCAAGUAUCAAGUUAUACUUUCUUGUUUGCAUUUAUCGCUUUGUAAGAAAGAAGGACUUUUGGUAAGUUUUUAGACCUAUACAAGGUAUUGUUACUUCAGACUAAAAAAUUUACGAGAGAAACGAACCGCUAGCUUAAAUUUUAUUUCGCUCUUUUGACAGGUUGACUAUGUCAGGCUUUCGGAAGACUUGCGGAAGAAGAUUGAAAUACAAGGUAAAAUACCUCUGUGUUUUCGUUGUCUUAGUUAAAACGCUUCUUAGUUUUAUGAAUUUCAUGAAGCUCAUCAAAACUGUUAAUUUCUGUUUAACUUUCAUUUAGUUCCACUCCUUUUAGUGAGGAUAGGCCAUUAAUUUUAAGCUCACUGACUAUAAAUGUAUUGCUCUGAACAGUGCCAAACACAAGCAAGGUGCUUUCGUAAAAUCUAUGAUAGUUCCAUUUUCGGGAAAUUAACAACUUGUUCUUCUUUGUGUUGAAGAAGUUGUCAAAAUCAAUAGUCUCUUAUCCCAGCGGUGAGGCGAUAAAAACCAAAUACACUGCACGUCAUCUUAAGAAUAUUUAUUGUCAUAACAUAUGAUUAUAUUUUUUUGGUACGUGUAUGUUAUAUGAAACGUUUAAGCGAACAAUUCAUUAAUAGUUUUACCGAGUUAAAAAACAAUCAUGUUUUUCGUAUCCUAAUUCAUAGCCUGUGAAUUAGCCACCAAAAGUGAUAUAAAUCCUGAAGCGUGGCCCUGCAGAGAAAUGUGUAUGGCACACGUUUUAACAUCACAUUAGCAUAUUGGCACAUCGCGAAAUGUUAUGUUCCUUGCAUGACCGUCAACUUUCCUGCUACUUAUUUUAUUUUAAUUUUCAUCAGAUGUGUGCGACCAAGCGUCAAAACUCGAAAUCUAGUUUCGCGACAAUUUACGUAUUUAUUAUUAUUAUUAUUUUUUUAAUAAGCGGACACAACCAUGAGAUUAUCAUGAUUUUAUUUGUAGCAUCGCCUUGUACAUUGAUAAAGAGGGGAACAAAUUAAAUUAUGUAUUACGUAAAUUGUCGGUAUUUUGUACCUUGUUCUUUGAAUAUGUAUAUCAGCAUGAGAUAUAUAUUAUUUUCGCGAUAUGUGGGCUACUGAAUAAAUCGUAUGAAGAUUCAGUCAGUUCCAGUCCAUUUUUUAAUCUUACUCUUCCCUAACAUUGCAUCCGGCUUCCCACGAUCAACAUAUAAAACUUCUCUUUUAUUAGUGCCUCUUUAGUGUCGUUCAUGUAUUUUCAUGAGGUAUUUUCUGUUUCAAGAGGGGCAGGAGAAGGCUGAAGAUGUUUAACUUCCAAAAAAUAAAUAUUGAAUAAAAUUUCCACUGAUGUUGACUGACGGUCUCCUCAGUGUUUUGAUAGAGCAUUAUAGCGCAUGGUGUUCUCAUAUCAUUUUUUUUAUGGCAUAAGUAUAGAUCUGAGCUAUGGUACUGACUUCAUUGUUUAUACAUGGAAAAUUGAAUGGUUCUGAACUGAUCCUGUUUUUGUAGAUUUUAUGAUUUUUUUGGAAAACUGAGCAAUGCCCUCAGUUCUGUCAGAAAAGCAUUUAUUUAGAUAUGAACAAGGAUGGCCACAGGGACAAGAAAAAGGAAGAGGCAUGCAGUUGGGUUAUUUAAGUUCGUUCUUUUUUCUUUUUCUUCCUUUUUUUUUUCUUUCUUUUUCGCAAAAUAAUGCGGAUCAAGUGAGCUGUUGACAAUUUAGCUCUAAGCAAAGAUUGUUGUUCAAUUCUAAGUAAAAUAAUAGGUAUAAAUAUAUUGAAUCGAAUCGGCAGUGUUUGUAUGCAGGGCAUUAUUAUUAUUCAUGUAUAUUAAAAGUUGUUCCCUUAAACCUGCAAUGUUAAAUGUUUCAGGGCAAUUAUAAACUCAGCCAUAGUGUAGCUUACGUAUUUAGCAGAUUUUUUUUAUCAUAAUCGAACCACAAGAAACUAGCAUUAUCGUCUCCGAACACCUACGCAAAACAAUAAGGCACCGUGCGUAUAGCAGCUUACAACUACAUUAAUUCUGCGCCUGUUUCCACAUGUCCUGAAUACAAAACAGCUGGCGUAAACCAAGGCUUUUGAUUGGCUGGCUUUUUAUAAGCCUCGAUCUGAUUGGUUGGCGUGUUGUUUUGGAAGUGAUAAAGCAGGUGCCGAGAUAAGCAGUUGAUCCUUUAGGAAUAAACAAUGAAGUCAUUACCAAGAUGUAUUGGUCUCGUGGUUAUAGGCGAGCAAAUUUGAUAUGCUUUACCAGGGCCAAUGGAAGACCACGGCUCUGACAGUUGUCAACAAAACAUCAAAAAUUGUCGUUGUUUGACAGCAUUUUUUCGAAAGGGUUCCAUGUCGGUAUUUUGCUCUAAGGCUGAAAGAGAAUGAUAUUAUAUUUAAAGCAGGGUUCACGGUGACUUACUUUUACAAGCGUAUAGUUGCGGCUCUCAAAACUCACAAGUUUUGUACAUUCGGGGGCGAUUUGGCCUGUCGUGUGACGUUGUUGGGUUUUUUUCACGGUCGGAUAGCUGUGUCAGUGAUGAAAGAAUAUUGAGCCAACUACAUAUCGCUUGAAGAAGGUUUCCAGUCCUCACGUUUUAAACCCGGACGUCCUUCCUCUACUAAGUCUACUAACCGGAAAAUGAAUCUUAUCGAAAGAUUACUCAGAAAAUCUCCACGAAAUAGAAGUACGGAGAGUCCUCUUGGGAAAUUUCACCCUGAAUAUUUAAUUCAACCAGCUAACCAGUGAUUCAAGUCAAGUUUUCAACAUAUGUUAAUAUUUUGACAAUAUCCUUAAUCUGCUAAUAUUUAUUCUUAUUUCAGAGUUAGAAAUUAAGGCACAGAAGGAGCAUUUCGAAAAGCAGAACUUCGAAAUCAAAUCAGAUGCAGACGUUAAGCUCGCUGAAUUACAGGCUCUUUUAGAAGUCGAGCGAGAUCGCCACAGAAUUGAGGUAACACAACUUGUUCUAGAAACGAGUGAAAUAAGCGUUAACAUAAGGCUGAUGAAAUUCAGGGAUAAUUGUACAUUUUUCAAAGCCGAGAAGGUACUUUCGCAGAUUAAAAUAAGCGAGAGAGACAGAGUAAAAUAAGGAAAUAAUGACGAAGAGAAUUCAUUUUUACUGCGUUUCAGAAUCGAAGAUUUAUUUCUAAUUUUAUCUUUUGCUCGCCACCUUUUUCUAACAGCCAGAAAAUAUAUUUAAGAAAUUUCUUAUCUGCCAGCUCCCAACCCUGGUUCAUUUUGAAAAUAAGAAUCACAAUAAAGCCAUUUUGCAUGCCAUUUCAUGACAGUUUUCAAUUCAAGCGAAUUCGAGCAGUGUUAAUCGAUCAUUUCGUUUUCAACUAAAUCUUGUUAAGCCUUUUUAAAAUUGAUUUUUGCAUUAAAAAUAGCGGUUAAAAAUUUGUAGAGCUUACCGCAGCAAAGCUAAAUGUUUUCAGAGCUCCCAUUGUUUCUUUUGUCUGAUCCUUUCAUCUCCUGCGAUGCGAUAUUUUUGCUAGCCAACAAUAUUGAUAAUGGCAGCUGAUUUGUAAAAAUAAAACCUUCCUCUGCCAAAAGAAUAGAAAAGGGUUAGUUUGAAGAUGUUAGAGGAAACUCUUCAUUUUUACGGAUGCAACUGUUCUUCAAUAUCCGAGUUAAAAAAUGUUGUGCAUACUGGAGUAAUCCAGGGGUUUAAACGUAAAAACACACUUCAGCUUUUCAAAUCGCUCUAUCUCCUUUCUGCUGCCUCUUUCGGUGGGUUCUAGCCACGGAUGACCGUGUGCAGCACAUUGUUACUUGAUGGGUGUUUCACGGGUGUAAGAAUUUCAUAGAGCUGAACGUUGUUAUACAGCACUGUUUGACUGCAACUUUUUAAACAUCUUUCAUUUUUUUAAUUUUAAGCGGCAUUCUUUUGUAUUCGUCAAUCCCUGAACGCUUCUAAGAGAAGGCCACGAAGUUGUUCCCAAGGACACAAAGCUAGCUAAUAAAACCAAUCCGCGUAUAAUUGAGGUGUCUUUUCAGUUUGAUUACACAGACCGAAGUAUUUGGUACCCCAAACACUUCAUGUUUCUGGACUGGGUAGAUAUCAAAUUAUCAUUAUGUAUUCUAGUAAAAGGCCGACUUGCAUAAGAAAAAAAGGUGAACCAUUAAUUAGAAAGGACACCAUUGUAAGUAGAGCAUGUUGAUUUGCGUGGCUUGUUAUUUAAAAUAAAUUUAUUGAAAAGAUCCAUGAACUGUGUUUUGUGUUUUUUUCUUAUAGAUUCAAAUCCUUCAAAGAGAGAACGAAAAUCUAACAAAGACGCUCUUCGACGAGAAAAGUCAAAGACAUGUUCUGGAAGGAAUGCACAGUGCUUCUUUAGAGGCGGCAGUACUCAUUGAACGACAGCGGAUCCAGAGCAAAGAGAAACGAGAAAAACAACGACUACAGAAUGCUCUUGAUAAAGAAAAACAACGCUCGUUGGCGAGAGUAAAUAACACGAGUGAGGAAUACGAUAGAGCGCUCGAGGACAAGAAGAAACGGUCGCAAAUUUUAAAUCAAACUGAGCAAGAAAAACUGGAAAAAUCGCUCCAGGAGGAGAAAAAGAGAAUCACUGAGUUAGAAGAGCGUUUAAUCAAGUCACCAAGCCACGAACGGUAUACUCAAACCAGUAACAUGUUCGAUGAAUCAGAGUUUCCUCACAUGCCACCGGGAGCAAAUCAAACGGAGACGCUCUAUAAUGUUCUUUUAGCUGAGAUAAUGUCGCUGCAACUGCUGUAUCAAAUGCAGGAUUUGUCACACGCCUGUAGCGCCGAUAAUUCACAGUCACGUGACAGCGGCUGUGCAGAUUACGAAGAAGAAGUCAUCCGUUCAGUUAGCUCAAGCGUCUUAGAAAAAGGGGGGUUGGUUUUGAAUAAUUUACGAUGCAGACAGAGAGGUGAUAGCCGGUUUUCUUUAACAAGUACCGGCUCCUUGCGUGAAUUAUACCUUCUACAGUUUCCGCCAUCUCCUAAGCUUUCCAGCCACUCACAAAAGACUGGUUCAGUUCCUAUCAUUCCUUUGAAAAACUCGUUCUUAGAGCUUCACUCCGAUUCCAAGAAAAGCUUUUCAUCGAUGGAGUCCGUGCAACGCAAAGGACAGGACAGAGUUCUCAACUCAAGCGUGGAAUCUUUCUUAGAAGAUGAACUGCUGAGCCCGCCAUGCCACUAUAAACCCAGUGACAGCGGCUGCAGUAGUCAGCACAGCGACUAUGAUCAAUGCUCAGGAACUAAUAAACGAAAUGAGCCAAUUAUUGAUAUCAAAGCACGUAAUCGAGCCAACAGUAACCCUGCCAAGCGGUGGAACUCGAGCUCUGCAUGCGCGCCGCUUGCAGAGGGGGAAAAUAAAGAUUUGAGGUUUGACGACGAGAUUCAGUCGGUGAAGAACAAAGUUGUCUAUCUGGAAAAUGACUUAUGUCGCCUAAAAACCGAACUUGACUCGGAAACGAUUAAUUUCUUCUCUGAAGUGUUUGGAGUCGAGGUGCCUUUCCUUGGGGGCAAAGGUAUGUUUGACUCUCUAUUUUUUGUGUAAGGCUGUGUGUUCACACAUUUAAUACGCGCGUCAGUUUUUACGCGUUGACAAACUUAAACGAACCUGUGCAACCUCAUUCCCAUGGUCUUCUCGUUUUCCAAUAAGGCGGCAAGAGAAAAGACCCACUUCUAGUCAAAUUGUUUAUUUUAGCUCCAGGCAUCAGAUCUUAUGGUCCCAGGUCCAGGUCAACCUCGAAUCCUGUAUCACAACUGUACUGCUAGCUACGAGUCGCCAAGGUUUCAAAUACUGCACAUGGUUUAUUUCGUCCAAAAUGUACAGGAAUACAGAAGAUAUAAAAAUCCGAGAUCUAUACGUAAAGAUAUCGACAGGAACUACAAUCAGUCAAGAGAUGUUAAAACGAACCGUAAAUAACAAUAAUAUUCACGUACCCGUUGGUGUCUCUCCAUCCUCGGAGACCCAGGGGCAGAUAGUUGGGGCGAGGGAAAGUCUAAACAGGCGGAAAAAUAUGGCACAAAGAAAAGUAAAGAGCGGCCAGAAGAGCCCCUGGGGACAAUGUCUUACCAGACCAGUUCCAAACGGUCGCCACCGUUCUGGCUUCUGAUUGGUGCCAGAAAACUUGUGUUUUUCUGGCACUGGUCUGGUAAGACAUUGUCCCCAGGGGCUCUUCUCGCCGUUCUUUACUUUUCUUUCGUGCCUUAUUUUUCCGCCCGUUUAGACUUUCCCUCGCCCCCACUAUCUGCCCCUGGGUCUCUGAGGAUGGUGUCUCUCAAGUUUCGCACCUAGUAGUAAUGAUCUUACUAAUCAACGAUUGCCACGUCAUGUCAUUAGUCGUGAGUAUAUCACGCAUGAAUUUCGUGUUAUACCGAAACAACAAUCAAUCUGCUGAGGUCCUUAAAGAAAAUCUCUUGUUCUUUGCCCGUGUCCUUCAAGGCAAAGACUAAAUAACAUAUAAAGGUGCUAAACUUAGUAGCAAUGUAGAACAAUUGGACUGCCACUGGUUUUUGGUAAUGCGCACGAAUCUCGGGACGGGAAUGGGCUAUAUGCAUGGCACUGCUCAAAACUGCUGUUUUGACUUCCGUUCGACCAAUUUAAAUUAUAUUUACUGUAAUAAGUGAUUAGAUUAUGCCAAGCAAAUUUGUCGGCAAGUCCUUGCUGGUGAUUCGUUCCAAUUUGGUUGUUACUGGCUUGCGUUGCAGCGCACCGGGAUUUGUAUUUUCUUUUUCCUUUUCUGAUGGUUCAGUGGACAUGCGACACGGCCAAGACAACGCGGAUCCAUUUAGGUUUUUAUUGUUGUUUUCUUUUUCAGAGUUGUCGCAUGUCAUGAGGCAUUUGUUUGAAGGUGUCAAAGAAAAACUUCUGUACAGAAUAUGCCUGGGUGAGUUGUAUUUAUUCUUUGUUUUCUUCAUUAACAAUUCAGACUACAAAACAUGACGCUUUGACCGAUAAUGAGUUGGAAUAAAAACGUUUAGAGCUACAUUGGGCAGGAGAGUCGUGAACUUUACCUGUUAUUCAGUGUUGCAUAAGAAAUGCUUACCCCUCUUUUUGACUUUGCAGAUGAGAACAGUCCUGCAGAAGAACAUGACGAAGAUGUUGAACUUACCCCACCCCUGCUAGAAGAAGCUGUAAACCUGUUACUGGUAAACAAAACCGUCAUGAGCUGUAUACUUGUUUUACAAAACAAGCGGGGCACGGAAAAGAUCAAAGAGACCACUACAACAGAGUUACCAACAGUUAUCCAUGCUCCAUUAAAGGUGCGUUACUUGCAAGGAAAACAUUGUUUCCCAUUUUCUUUUGAAUUUUGACCACACCGCUUUAACAUGUUAGCUGAUAUCUUCAGGUUGAUCGAGAAACUCAAACUGAAGCUGAACAACUACGAUCUUCGAAAAGAAGAGUAAGAAAAGGUAAAAAGACAUGUAAUCAUUGAUAUUACUUGAGGCGCGUGAGAAAACAAAGCGUUGCGCGCGGGUAGUUUCAAAAGGGCUUCCCGUUUAGAUCUUUCCUGCGGUGGACCUCUGCUUUCAUGCGCGUAGCAAGUUCUUGUCUCUUUUCGUCAAAAUACGCUCCCAAUUUAGCCCGCUGUCCAACAGUUUACUUGCACCAAGUCGUGACGUCAACUUAGCACAGACGCACGAAAUAAAAACUCGGAAAAAGUUUAUAAUAGGUAGAUUCGUUUGCAGCGUACGCGUAUAGCCUACUAAGAAGCCUAAACAUUUGCCCGUUGACAUUUGGCAGAAGAAGAAAAUACAGUUAUGCUGCAAAUGAGUUAAACUUCCAUACGAAUUUAGACCAUAAGCACAAUCUCUAUCAACCUUUAACAAUACGAAGGCCUAAUAGGAAGGAUAUCGCAAGAUCUCGCACAAUUACAGUUAUCUAUUUAUUUUGUUUUGAACAAUAUUUAGUCGGGGGUGCUCAAGUAAACGAGGGUGGUUUGAAUGAGUCCUCGUGGCCGCACUUCCCUAGUGUCUCUUCCCGCGUAUUGGUCCUUUACUUUGGGUACGGGACAGCUGGUAAAUCCCUGUGAAAGAACCUUCUAGAUAACUGAUUUAUAAUUUUGUAUCAUUUAUUUAGAAGCUGCAGUAAUAACUGAUCCUCCGAUCAAGAUACAGUUGAGUAAUAAAGAAUGUCAAACAAGUAGAAAUGAAAUCACAUCCAGGUGAGACCAUCAUGGGUACAUACAUUGUUUUCUUGCCGUUUGUGGUUUUCUCUUGAGUAUGAUAAGUUCACAAUUCUUGUUGCACCGAAAGCCCGAUAUGUAUGUAGUUGUUACUUUUUCUUUUCAUUUUUCUUUUUUUUUUUUUACCGAAAUAUAGGUCCCUUCCCGUUUGACUGAAUUCGCACGCUAAUAUUACUGUAAAAAAUGACAAGUGCUUGUGUUUAAGAAUCGUUUACACUUGGGCGUUUUCGUUUAAAAACGCGUGCAUUUCGACACGUUUAGGCCUUCAGUCUACACUAAUUCGCUGAGCGUUGCCACCGAAAACGCAUCAAUUUGAAAUCGCUCUUGAAAGUGGAUCACGGAAAACGCAUACAUAUCGUAUUAGUGUGGACUGUCGAAAACACAUCAAAAUGAAAACGAUAAAAGUAUGGCAGGCUGGUGUGUUUGUGGCAUGCGCAUAGAAUUCUACUGACGUCACAACGUGCAAUUAUAUCGUUUUCGAACGCUUUAGUGUGGACAGUCGAUCGAUGCGUUUUCGAUGACAACAAAAAUGCAUACUUUUGAAAACGCAUUUGUGGGAACUGGACCGAAGUUAAACACUCCUAACGUUCUAAGCUUAUUGUGGUCUUAAGAAUGUCUCACUAAGACCAACUAAGAGGGGAGUGCCGUACUUGACAAGUUAAUAUUCGGAAGAAAAAAAAAUGUCAUUGCCAGGGGGAAUAUAACCAAAUAACUACUACCCCGAAUUUGCAUUGGCGAAGUCGCCUUUUACAGAGCGCGAAAAUCCCUAGUAUCCAGGUGUGCUUACCAUUUACACAAACUACCGGGAUGGACAUAAAUCUUGUGAAUAAACAUAAAACUAUAAAAUUUGACGUGGCGGGAGAAGGACCCGCGACAAUAUAUUUCCAAAUCAGCUGGACAGAAUAAAUAGAGUUAAAAAAGAUUGCACCCCUCUCAAAUGACAACCGACGUCUUCUGAAGCUCCCCAAACGGAAUGGCGCGAACCAUUUGAUUUUCAAACCAGAGGUUCAGCUUUUCCCAUGUACCAGCCAGCAGCCUUGUGGGAGGAAAAUUCAGGUCCCCUCCACACUUAUCCGUAUCAUUAAAAACCGGAAAAAAAAAAUUCAAAAUAAGGAAGGAGAAAAUGAGUUUUCAAAAGAAAAGAACAAAAAAAACGAAUACUUUUGGGUAGGGCCGUAGUGAAUACACAUCACGGAUAUUCAUUUGCCCGCAGGACUUGUGGAAUGCUAUGUAGAAUUUGCGUGACAGUUUUCAUCUCUUUCUUUACACAGGCUAUCAGAGGAACCUAUGCUCGAUGAAGAAUAUCGUGAAUCUGAUUGGCUAGGCGACGCUGAGAAUGAUCUGGACGACGUGAAAACCAACAGUGUUCCAUUACUAUCACGUGACCCAGACGGAGCCUCCAUUAGUGAGGAAUGCCCAGCGGUUUUAACGGAUGGUGCAAAUCUCGCUGAAGCUAAUGGGGAUCACGUGGUUACAUCCACUGUGAUCGAUUUGCAGGAAGUAAAAGAAAGUAAAAAGAAAUCAAACUUAUUCUCGUGCUUCGGGCCUGGCAGGUUGUCCUUCCGGAAGAAGUCGAGAAAAUUCAGACCUACCAGUUCUGCGUUUAUCAUAUGAGUUUUUUAUUACGCGCAUGCCCAGAAUGCAGAGCAUUUUUUUUUUUGAUAACGCGCAUGCCCAGAAUGCUUAGCUUGGAUAUUAAAGUGGACAGAGCAAUGCGGCGCGUCCAGGAACUCUGAAGAGUUCUAAAUUUUGGACUACAGUUUGUUUUGUAAUUCUGUUGUAUUGGGUCUCUCUUUAGUUUUCUAUUUAAGAUGUUAGGUCAUGAAAAGGCUCCCGCAUGCUAUGUUAAAUGCCGUUUUGUUCAGCCUAGAGUGAUCAGUGCAUACCCUCAAAAGUGAGAGUUCAAGUAUGUUAAUUUUGCUCGUGACAUAUUGAUAGUACUGAGUAAUUAUUGACUGGGUAUAUCCUACCUGUGUAGUCCUUUUUGGUAAGGCGUAUUAUUUAAUGAAGUAUACUUGAUAAACAAAAAACAAAAAAAAACAAACAAACAAAGAGCUUCUUUACUUGUUUACAUGAACGAUUAUACUCAUAUGGAUCCCCGUACUGUACAGGCAUAACAUAAAAGUUAUAUUUGUAUAACGUGAUGUGGAAUUUCAAGGGACUUUGAAUGAAAAAUGAACACUAGCGACGGAGUCGGAAUGGUAAGCGGAGCCGUAAGAACGAUUGUGACCUUGUGAAAAUCAAAAAUCGGAGCCGUAAGCAGAGUCAUAAGCGCGACGGAAUACGCGUCGGGGGAAUCAGAACGUUUCCAUUACAUACUACUCCGUCGUUUACGAUCUAGUGAAAGUCGGAAGCAGAAGAGUUUCACUAGAUCGUUUCUGACAACGACUCCGACUCGGUCGCUGGUGAAAACUAGCUUUAACUUUAAAAAGCAAACAAACAAAUAACGGUUAGAUAAAUGAUAAAACGUGUUAAUUUGCAAGAGGAAUGUUAUAACCUAGCCGGGAAAUUGGUUUAAUUUAUUAUUUCGGUUCGACCAGCUUUGAUAUUUUGACCGACGUCCAUUUAAUGAAUUUCACACAUGAACGUUAUAACAUUUAUUACAACGAAAAGGACCGGGUACAAUUAUCAAAGUUUACGUGAUGUUGAAUAAUAGAAUUUAUUUAAGUUCAGUAUUUUGUUAAAUUUACUUAUUAAAAUAACGGUAUUUUUCCGUAUAUUAGGAACAUGCUUGGCGUCUAUUGAUUACGCAAUGAUUUACGUUUAUACUUUGGAAAAUAAUAGUAAUGAU